AAAUGGAAGAGCUAGAACCUCUGAAUCAAGUCUUUCCAACUGAAAAAGACACUCAAUUCUUGAUUAACUAUCUUACCAAAGACCCUGUACCUCUUUACUAUGUUGAGAAUGUGGUCACCAUCAACAACAACAUUGCUGAGAUCAAGUUUGUGCAGUAUUACUUCAACGAUUCGAAAGACUUUAUAGAGACUGAAUAUGUCUUUCCCGUUCACAAUGACUGCACUUUCACCGGACUUGAGGCAAGGUUCGAAGACCAACUGAUUAUCUCAACCAUCAAGUCGAGAGAAAGAGCCAAGGCUCAAUAUGAUGAUGCUAUUGCCAAAGGAGAUACUGCAUUUAUUGCCCACCCAUGCAGAAAGUCCAAGGAUAUGAUUAGAAUUCAAAUGGGAAAUUUACCACCGAAAAGCCAGAUCAUUGUAACUUGAUACUUUCAUCAGGUCAUGGAAGUUGAGGACCUCAGCUGGAAGCUUCACAUUCCCAGCAAAAUCAUUCCAAGAUACAUGGGUGAUUUAGCUAAAUAUGUAAAAACAGGAAAGCAUCUUAAAGGAAUGGUCAAAAGUAUGCAUAAUGAUGUGCCAGAAGAAAGACUAGAAGACAUUGAAGAAGAAAUCUCUGGCUACUACAGCUCAGCAGCCUUCAAUUGGACGAUCUGUGUCAGUAUCAGUUCCCAAUCAUCAAUUCGUAGACUAAUCAGCACUUCUCAUGACAUCAAAGUUGAUUUUCUUGAUGAAACUCGGAUGGAUGCUUACAUCGAACUUAAUGAGCCUGGCCUUGACACAUUUUUUAAUGAAGACUUUGUCCUAUUAUAUAGGAACGAAGAUAUCAAUCUCCCUAUGAUUCUGAUGCAAAAGAAAGAUGAUGAAUAUGCCCUCAUGGUCUCAAUGCUUGCUGAUCUUACCCCACAAGAAGAUUUCGAAGAAAGGAAAGAUCAAAUAUAUGAAGAAAUUGAUUUAGAUCCCAAGAUCAAAUAUCAGAAAGCGCUCAAAAAUAUUAUGGAGCCUGCUGAAUUUACUUUUGUGCUAGAUAGAAGUUAUUCGAUGAGUGGAGAUUCGAUGGAGACUGCUAAAGAAGCAUUACUCCUUUUCUUACAUAGUCUCCCUCCAAGGUCUAGGUUUGACGUUGUAUCUUUCGGAUCAACCUUUGAGUCAAUCUUCGAAGGAACUGUUGAGUACGAUCAAGAAACUAUGGAUAAAGCUUGUGACAUUAUCAAAAGAUUCGAAGCUGAUCUGGGAGGAACUGAGAUUUUUAAUCCUCUCCACUCUAUCUUUGCUGAUAGAGAUGAAGCAAAUGGUCUUGACAAGCAUGUCUUUCUUCUGACAGAUGGAGCUGUAUUUGACCCUGAAAAAUGUAUCGAACUAAUAGAAAACAACUCAAACUAUUUUUCUGUUCAUACAUUUGGUAUUGGAAGUGGAGCUAGUACUCAACUUAUCACCGAAUGAGCAAGAGCUGGAAAAGGAAAGCAUUACUUUGUAAGCGAUUCAGCCUCUGGGCUUGAAAGGUCUGUAAUCGAUGCCCUUUGAAAAUGCUUUGAACCUAAGCUGAUAAUUGAAAAGAAGGAUCUCGCUGUAAAUGGAGACAAGCUUUUUGAGCAUCCUUCAUUAUCUAAUGUGAGCUCUAGAAUGUAUCAUGGAGAAUACUUUACUUAUUUCUGAAUUAUCAAUGGAGUCGAAUAUGACGAACUAAAAGGAUCUUUAUCGUUGCAUAUUAGAUCCGAGGACAAUAGAGAGAAAAAGAAGCUUUUAGUAGAUCUCAACGAAGAUAUAAAAUUCAUUCCUGGAGACUCUAUUUUCAAAAUGUUUUGCAAAAACCAUAUUGUUGAUCUCCAACGAAAUAGAGACAAUCAGGAUUUAGUAACCAAAUUGUCAGUCAAGUACCAAAUUCCGAGCAUGUUUACAUCAUUUAUCGCUGUCAAGAAGUUGAUUAGGAAGAACAAAACAGAGUAUGAGAAGGUUGACUCUGAUAUGAUAAACGGUAGAGUUCACUUUGAAGUCAAGACUCUCACUGGAAAAACAUUAGAAAUGGAAAUGACCAGCAGCGACACUAUUGAUGAAGUUAAAUGAGCCAUUCAAGAUAUGGAGGGAAUUCCUCCAGAUCAGCAAAGACUUAUCUUUGCAGGAAAGCAACUGGAGGAUAGUGUUACUCUUAGUGAGUACUUUAUCACAAAUGGAAGUAUCCUUCAUCUCGUCCUCAGACUUAGAGGGGGAGGUGGCCUCACAAUCAAAAACAUGGUCACAAAGAAAGAGAAUAAUGUCGAAUGCGAUUACAACACUCUCCAAUUCGGAGAAUUGGUGAGUCAAAUCUCGAGGAUGUUCGAUGUAGAUGAAGAUAAGAUCAGAGUCUUCAUUAAUGGAAGAAGAAUCAAUCCCAGCCGAGAAACUGAAAUCAAGAAGGUUGGCAUAGAAUCUGGUGUUAAGGUAGAAUUCAACUAUCCCACUUAUAAAAACUAUGUUGAUCUCCAGAAAGUUGAUGGCUCUUGGGAUGAACAAAUUUUGCAAGAAUGUGACAAAACUGAAGAAGAAGUACUAGAACACACUCCUGAAAAUGUUAAGAAUGCUGGAGACAAAGAAGAGCAACUUAAGAUAAUGUAUACUUGGAUAGGAAUAAACAGACUCAAAACCCUCUUUUCUGAUAAAGAAGAAGAGUGGAAACUUGUAGUAAAGAAGGCUGAUGAAUUCAUUGAGAAAGAAACAAACUUUGAUGGGAAAUAUGAGAAUAUAACUUCUAAGUUGUUCGAGAAAGAGGAUGAAGAAGCAGCAAAGCAAAAAGCUGAAGCAGAAGCAGCAAAGCUUAAAGCCGAAGCUGCUAAAUUGGCUGCAACAGAAAGCCUAAAGAACCCAGAGAAUACUGGAGAUAAUGCCCAAAACAAAGAUGGUGGUUCUAAUCAUCCAGCUACAGGAAUCUCUUCAGCUCCAGUGACUGCACCUCAAGAUCUCGAAAUCCAUACCAACGAAAAUGAACAACAAGAAGCAGUUCCUCCAAAGAAAGAAUCAAAGUUCAGAAAGUAUUUCUGCAAUAUCUUUAAGAGAAGAAGACAUGAUGACUAACUUUUCCUUCGUUUAAAUUUAUCCAGUCAAAACCAUUCAA